AUGCCUCGACCAGCCCUUCCGCCAACCCCUGGCUCUUCCACAGAUAUUAAGGGCCAGGACGGCGUGCAGAAUCUCUCUUCCAUUCAUCUCUCCUUUGAACUACCACCGCCUGCCAUCCAUGAUGCGUCGCGCAUCUCACCUAUCGAUACCAAGCACGCCUCUUCUGCUCGGACAGCGUCGUAUCCAGCCACACUAACUUCAUCAUCGCCUCGAGCCGUUUAUCCGUUGCAGGCGGCUGAGACAGUCAAAUCACGACGUCGGUCAUCUGCUGCCGCCAAGGAUACCAAGGACAAUUCUUCAUUUGCACUUCCCCCUCCUCCCACCAGGUCGCGAAAGAUUAUCCAAAUGAAGCCUCGAGCACAAGAAGAAUCGGCCGCUGAGGCUUCAUCCGCCAAGGACAAGGACUCUGGCAGGGCCGGAGGCAAGGGGGCAGCCGGAACGGCAAAGACGGCAGCUAACAAGAACAAUCAAGCCUCUGCCGAUGCCAUUGGUGGUGGAGCCCAGGGAAAGAAGAAGCAACCAAGUGCCACGAGCGCUGCCGGGCGCAAGAUUGCCAGAAAGACCGCCCACAGCUUGAUUGAGAGGCGACGACGAAGCAAGAUGAAUGAAGAGUUUGCCGUUCUCAAGAGUAUGAUUCCUGCAUGCACGGGCGAAAUGCACAAGCUUGCCAUUCUCCAGGCAUCGAUUGACUAUGUGCGAUAUCUUGAAGACUGUGUUGCCAAACUAAAGGCGCAGCACGGAGAAAAGAGCCGGGAAGAGGCUGCGCACAACUCGCUGCCCUCCAUCCGCGAUUUUCAUCCCACAUUUCACGCAGACCCAUCCGGCGAUGUGGACAUGUCCGAUUCUGACACGGCGUCGCCUCUCUUCACCGCACAGCCAGAUCACGCACACCCGUCCAUCUCGCCGGGCCUACAGGCGGAUGGUGCCCGUCACCGUCACCGGCAGCAGUCGUACUCGUCCGUAUCCACGGACCAGCGACACUACAGCUUCAGCACGUCGGCUGGAGCAUCCCCGGCGUUUGGACCCCAACCGCACGGCGCCUAUGCACAAAGCAGUGCGUCCGGAUCGACAUUGACAAGCCCGGCGCUGAACCCGCAGUCCGACCUUGACCAGGAAGCCACGGCGGCGCUGUUGAUGCUGAAUAAUGAUCGACGCGGCACCAACGCCGGCCUCAACGCUCGCGGCUUGUCAGUUCGGGAUUUGCUUAGCACCUGA